AGUCAUCUGUGAUGCUCUGCUGAUUGCAGAGAAUAGCCCCCCGACACUCUACACCAUCCUUGGGGAGCAGGAUGAGCAGGGUCAGGACUACUGCACCCGCACCGCCUUUACUCUGAAGCAGAAGCUGGUAAACACUGGUGGCUACACUGGGAGAGUGUGUGUCAUGACCAAGGUUCUCUGCCUGAAUUCUCAGAACAAUAUUGGGACCAAUGAGGGCUCAGUGUCUCCUAUUGAUUACCCAUCCUCUUACAACCUUGAAAACAUUCAGGAAAUGCAGGACUUGCUGCAGGCCCUUGUGAUUGUCUUGCUCAACUUCAGAUCUUUCUUGAGUGACCAGCUUGGCUGUGAAAUUUUGAAUCUUCUCACAGCCCAACAGUAUGAGAUACUCUCAAAAAGUCUCCACAAAAUCAAAGAACUGUUUGUGCAUGGCUUGCCAGGCUCAGGGAAGACAAUCAUAGCCAUGAAAAUUAUGGAAAAGAUCAGAAACACAUUCCACUGUGAAACAGAUAGAAUUCUCUACAUCUGUGAAAAUCAGCCAUUGAGGGACUUCAUCCAGGCAAAAAAUAUCUGCCAGGCAGUGACCCGGAAAACCUUCAUGAAAGACGACUUUGAAACAGAGAGGAUCCAACACAUCAUUAUUGAUGAAGCCCAAAAUUUUCGUGCUGAAAAUGGGGACUGGUAUGAGAAGGCAAAAGAAAUCACUCAGAGUAUGAAAAAUUGUCCAGGAAUUCUCUGGAUCUUUCUGGACUAUUUUCAGACCAGUCACAUGAAGAAGAGUGGUCUCCCAAAUUUCUUUCACCAGUAUCCAAAGGAAACGCUCACAAAAGUGGUACGCAAUGCAGAUAAAAUAGCUGAGUUCCUACAACAAGAGUUGCAAAACAUCAGAGAUAACCAUCCAUGGAGCAUCCCUCAAGAGUCCCUAAACAUGAUCCAUGAAUUUAACUGGUCCCACGGUAUAUCAGGCACUUGUGAGCUUAGAUACUUGAGUUUGGAAGAGAUGGUGAGCUAUGUAGCAGAUAAGUGUGAAUUUUUCUUAAGUAAUGGCUUUUCUCCCCAAGAUAUUGCAGUGCUUUUCAGCACAGACAGGGAAAAGCAAGACUAUGCACAUUUGUUUCUGAGAGAAAUAAGGAAGAAGAGGAGAGCAUCUCAGAUGAAUUAUGCCUCUGUCUGUCAUUCUAUCAAGUUUGACAGCAUCCGUCGAUUCUCGGGCCUGGAAAGAAGCAUUGUGUUUGGUAUCAAUCCCAAUGCAACUGAGCAGUCCAUUUACCACAAUCUAUUGCUCUGCCUAGCUUCUAGAGCAAAGAAACAUCUGUAUAUCCUCUAUCUUUCAACUCCUGAGGGACAUAGCCCGUCAAUGACAUGCUAAACGGGAUAUAUGUGGUCCUACAUUCAAUCACUUAUGAUGAGAAAGUAAAAUCAAGUUGAGGUCCUUCAGGACAAGAAGAAAGAUAAAGAUAUAAGAAAACCUUGUUCUGUAGUUUCUGGAAAAUGUAGAAAAAAAAUUUACCCAUGGAUAUUAUAACUAACUGAAUCUGAAAACAAAGUUGGAAAGAAGGCUGGCAAGGCAAUGGAUACAUGACAUAUGCUACAGAAAUAUUGAGACCAUAAGGAUUGAAACCUUAGAUGAAGACAACACAAUACAGUAAGUCAUAUCCAAUUCUUAAAACAGAAUUCCAUUUUAAAUUGGUGAAUACAUUUAUGAAAAUACUUUAUAAGGAUAAAUUAAAAGACUAAAAACACAAUAUUAAUUAGUACUAGGGUCUGUGCAUGAAGUCAAUCCUGUGCCACAGCACUCCAUACCCAAAUACCACUGGGAGAAAGUGCAGUUAAGAUCACAACUUCUGCUCAGAGGGAUCUUCCUAGAACCCUUAGGAUACAGGAACCGAGGAGUAGCCUUGGACAGGAGCCUUCUGGUUUCCCUCAGCUCCCAAAGCUGAUCCUGUGCCACAGUGCUACAUACACAAAUAUCACCAGGAGAGAGCUGGUCCCUAGGAGUGCAAACAAGCCUGUGAGCACAGAAGGGACAAGCCACAGUCAGAGACAGCAAGACCAGGUAACACCUGAGAUAACCAGAUGUUGAGAGGCAAGGGCAAGAACAAAACAACAGAAACCAAGGCUACUUGGCAUCAUCAGAACCCAGUUCUCCCACCACAGCAAGCCUUGUUUACCCCAAGACACCAGAAAGCAAGAUUCAGAUUUAAAAUCAUAUCUUGUGAUGCUGAUAGAGGAUUUUAAGAAGGACAUAAAUAACUCGCUUAAAGAAAUACAGGAGAACACAGAUAA